UUGGUGACAUUUCCGUCCAGAAGUGUGACACGACCUGUCGCCUGGCAUCAAGACUUGCUGCUGAGAUCGUAACGCGUGGUUACUGGAAACCCUUAACCUGUCUCUCCCGUCAUCACGUGCUUAUUGUUAUUCCAUUUAGGGAUCGCUGGCGUCAUUUGACAAUUCUUUUGCAAAAUUUAGUUGGAAUGCUCCAACGUCAGCAAUUGGAGUUUAGGAUUUUAGUUGCCGAACAGUUUGGUAAUGCAACGUUUAAUAAAGGGCGACUGAUGAAUGCUGCGUUUUUAGAGGCAACUAAACGCUAUCACUUCCAUUGUGUGAUUUUCCAUGAUGUUGAUCUAGUGCCUGAAAAUGACAGAAACCUGUAUUCCUGUCCAUGGCAACCCACUCACCUUUCAGUUGCUGUUGAUGAGAUGCAUUACAGAUUGAAAUAUGAAUUACUUGUUGGUGGUGUACUCGCUAUGACGUCAGAACAGUUCCGUUUGGUUAAUGGAUACUCUAAUGAAUACUGGGGCUGGGGUGCUGAAGACGACGACAUGGCUUACAGAAUUUUGCUUUCUGGUUUACGCAUUAUGCGUCCAUCUGCUGUAGUUGCUCGAUACCGGAUGCUACGCCACGAAAAGCGAGAACCAUCUGCAUGGAGUUCAAGGACUAGACUACUGAAAAGUGUUAAUAAACGAUUUCAAACGGACGGGCUGAUAAAUGUGCCUUACCGACUUGUAUUCUAUCGAGACCAGACUCUCUUUAUACACAUGAUGCUUGAUAUCGGUCGUCCGAGUUAACGCAUCGCUACGUGGUCUCCAGUACACUUCAUUGCUCCAUGUCAUACUUCAGGAAAGAUUGCCUCGCAAUAGAUGUAACUGAGAUUGUCUGACUUACGGAUGGUUUUACAUAUUCACUUAUAUAAAAGUCUCUUUCGGAUGCCCUACGUUCAAACAUCAAAAUGAAUAAGUAUGAUCCUAACCUAAUAAGAGGAGCAACACUUGUAACGUGGCCAAUUACGAGUACAAAAGCAGCGGAAGUGCGGAUCAAUGUCACAAGAUCUUGCAGAGGAAUGUUGUGGAUGCAUGACCCUUAUUAGCAACAUAAUAACGAGAUAUUGCUAGGAUCAACUUGUUUUCCGUGAGGCUGUGGUAAUAUUUUGCAAAAGAAUUCAUCUCAAAUUAAUUCAAUUGUAAUAUAAUGUAUCUUGUUUGUAGAAUAACUAUGAUACCAUACAAAACACUAACAAUUUUGAAUUCUUUAAAGCGAGGCCAAUACCAAGUUAGCGAGGUGGACAUUGUGAAAUACUUAACAUCUUUAAAAUAGUCGACAUGAACGUUUUAAAUAUGAAACUGUCUUCAGCAUAGUAUGUAUUGGCUGCUUGUGCAAAAACUUUAUCUUCAAAAUCGACAAGGUCAUUUAGAAUACAUUCGACCAUAAGGUAAAGUGAACUGGAAUAAACCAGAAUUAAAAAGCUAGAAGAAUAUGCAAAGACUGAUAUAUGAACAUUGUCUGGACCGCAACAAUUCGUUGAUAACAGAUAAAUUUUAAUGGUUUACAAAUAUAUAAACAAAAGCUAUCAUUACAAAGUUUCAAAAAGAUGAAAUUACAUAGGAUAUACCUUACAAUUACAAAACACUGUAUGUGGGAAAUUAAACGCAGUUUAACCUUAGCUUUUCUGGGCCCCCUAAAUGGGAGAAAAUAUAUCAUUGCGAAAAGACUUAAUACACAGCAUUCCAUAUGCAUCAAUGAUGUGUGAAGUCAGAAAACAACACUGAAAUUAUAUGCAUUGUACCGAGGAAGAGCGAAUCUAGACCGGGAGAAAAUUGCCAUGCGUACAGUGCAUAUUCAGCAAAUUUUAAUACUAACUGGUUGUAAAAAAGUUAUUGAUCAUAACAAAGUAUAAAUAAUUGUUGGCAUUCAAGAUAGUAGAUGUAAUGUCCAUUUUAAUCAUGGUUAUAUAAUCUGUAUUUUAGUAUGUACCCAACCGGAACACUGGAAGUAACCCUUCCAUUAUAAAGUAAGUA